UCCUUCUCACAUGCUUCUUUGUUUUCUUCUCUUUUUACUUUUGCAAUAGUUUUAUGUCGAGUUGUCGACAGAAUUUCUUGGAUAUUUCAUGUUUUUAUAUGCUGCCUUUGUUUUUUAAAGUUUUGACGUCGAGUGGUUGAUGAAUCUUCCAUCUUUUUGGGACUUGGUUUUCGACACUGGCAGUUUGUAGUUUCGUGGUCAUCUUUUGUUGCAAAGAUAUGAGGGAUGAUCAUUGAUAAUUUAUCAUAAUGAGAACUUUUGUGGGGUAGGUGUAAUCCACCCAUCAUGUCAAUUUCUUAGCCAUCACCAGGCUGAAAUUAAGAAUUUUGACACAAAGAGUUUCAAAAUUAUUCCUAGCUAGGUUGGAAUUUGUUAAUGUUAUCUUGACGCUAUCUCCGUUGCUUCUCUGCUAGGAAGUUGAGGUUUAAUGAUUAAUCUGUUGAAUCUAUGGAUCAAUAUCAUCAUGUUGCAGUAUGUAUUCGUUCUUAUUUCUAGCUUAGCGUAGCUGUCUUUAGUGUACACACCAACCAUCAUUGAAAUUAAUGUGAAAACAGUGAAGACCUUUGCCUAUAAAGAUGUGUUCAUGUUGUUUAAACUGGUUCUAAAGUCAGAAAAUUUUUAUGCUUAAUUUGAUGAUAAGCAAGAAUUUUCUUGAUUAUCUAAUUCAUAUCUUCCACUGUGUUUGACAGUUUGUCACUAUGGGUUUCUUCCUAUACUUUUGGAUUCAGUUUUUUUUUUCUGGUCAUAUUUUUAACUUCGCCAUUGUUGAAACUGAUGAUUUCAUUUCAUCUGCUUUGUUUGCUAAUGGAAUUGGGAGGUCUCCUGGUUGCUCCUGGGAUCUUCGUUCUGGGCAUCAGGGUGUGUUUGAAGACUAUAGGCAUCCGUUUGCUGUGACAUAUCUUGGAACCUCUCUUUUGGCACUUUAUCUGCCAAUAGCAUUCUUUAAGGACUGGUUAGUAAAGCAUCUGAGAGGUCGCUCUUGUAAUAGUACCAAAGGCCCAAAAGGGGUUGACAAGUCCUCUGUAGAACUAAAUUCUCCUGUAAAACCUGAUGACAACCAUGGCAAUUUUCAAAUUGAACAUCAACUAUCAGUGCCUGAUCAGUGUGUCUUAGACCUUUGUAUUAAGGAGGAGGGAAAUCCCCUGGUUUCUAGACACAAAGAUAUUUUGGAAGAACCAAAGCGAGUCAGAAUGCUUAGUGCAAAGGAGAUUGCUGCAUUUGGCUUUUGCAUGGGUCCUAUCUGGUUUGCAACAGAGUAUCUUACGAAUGCCGCACUCGCAAGAACAAGUGUUGCUAGUACAACAUUGUUGUCCUCAACUUCAGGACUUUUCACUUUAUUAAUUGGGGCAAGUUUGGGUCAAGACUCUAUUAGUACAGUGAAAGUUGUUUCAGUUGUCAUUAGCAUUUCCGGUGUUGCUAUGACUACACUUGGAAACACAUGGGCUGCAGAUGAACCAAAAUCAGGCAUUAACAAAAGUGGGAAUCAAGCUCUUCUAGGAGAUCUUUUUGCUAUCCUCUCAGCUAUGUGUUAUGGACUGUUUACAGUUUUGCUUAAAAAGUUUUCUGGAGAAGAAGGAGAAAGGGUAGACAUGCAGAAGUUCUUUGGCUAUAUUGGAUUGUUUGUUCUUGUUGCCCUUUGGUGGCUUGCAUGGCCUCUGACUGCCAUUGGUGUCGAACCAAAGUUCACAUUGCCUCAAUCAGCUAAAGUGCAAGAGAUAAUCCUUGUAAACAGUUUUGUUGGGAGUUUUCUAUCUGACUAUUUCUGGGCAUUAGGUGUUGUCUGGACCUCUCCGCUGGUAGCUGCACUAGGCGUUUCACUUACCAUACCUAUUGCAAUGUUGGAAGACAUGCUAAUUCAUGGUCAACAGUAUUCAAUAAUCUAUAUGAUUGGAUCAGCUCAGGUAUUCCUGGGAUUUCUAAUAGCUAAUAUUUCAGACUGGGUAUCAGAGAAGUUGAGAUGGUAAAGCUGUAAUUCUCCACCAAAGACUAUACAAUUGGCCCAACCUUAGUGAUGCAUGGCCCCCUGUAGACUACGUAUGUAGUAGUUUUAUCAUCUGAUUUUGCUGGGCCUGCAGAAAGGAAGUCUAUUAUAUUGUGGUAUGUACUAAUGUUAUGAUGUUUCCUCACUUGUUGGCCUUUGGCUCUCUUUUUGGGGUGGCAAACUGAAUGAAAGUUUACGUGUUACACAAUGACAAAUUGCACAACUUUAUGAUUUAGGUAUUGGGAUAAUUAUAUACAAAUCAGUAGAUCAAAUAUUGUUGAUGAAGUCAAAUGGAUGUUGUUUAGUGAAUAUUAUGGGCCUUUUUUAUUGCAACUUGUUCCUUCUCUUUUGGUAUGUCUAUUGCCCAACCAGAAAUGGGGUCAAACUCGUAAUAAUGGCCAAGAAAUGAAGCCCUUGGAUUAUUGAAAAUUGAUUGUCUUCACUGUGAUAUCAAAGGGAAUCAAAACAGAGUAAUUUCGGCAGGAGCAAUUCUCCGAGCAUGGAAGAGAUCAUCUUCACCAAUCCAACUCCAAGCAAGGCUCUUUGAUCUCCUUGUAUUUGUAUAUGACGAUAGAGUAAUAAACAAGAUUUAUUUCCUCCUA